UUCAUGACGUCUCUGUGAUCAAUGACCGGUAACGAGAUUGUACUAAACUUGGCUGCUUUAGCCCUUCUUGUUAUUACAGUCUUCGGAAAUGUUGCCGUUCAUAUUAUGCACCUGCUUCACUUUUACGAUGUGCAUACCAUAAUGGAAGAACAAAUUGUAUGUGCUGUGUUCAUGCUUCUCUUGGUUCUGACAUCAUGUUUUUCCGUUGUGAUGCUUCUGACUGCCAAAAGACACUUAGACUUGGCGUAUAGUGAAAUGCACAGAAAAAUAUCCGAUAAGCAAUUAGUUACUGCCGGGGAACUCAAAACUGUUGUGACGAGAUAUUGGGUUAUGGCUGAAACGGGGGGCUCUCAAUUUGUGAUCGCUCGCUCUGUGACCUGCGUUGCUUCGGGAGUUAUGUGCCUGUUGAUGGGUCUAACUCUGUUACACGUUGAGAAAAGAAAGUUUUCGUAUGAAGGUAAAGUUUCGUCAAAUUACAAGUGGUCGAUCAAAUUGAUUCUUCUCGUUCAAACCAUUGGUGUGAUAGUGGGCGGUAUUGCUCCUGUCAUGCGAUGGUUCAUUGUCGCCCGAUUCAAGAGCUCGAAGAUAGGCCAUAUGAGUUUUAAAGACGAAUUGAAGGUCGAGGCAUAUUGGAACGAAAGGCUGGUGUACUGGAGAGAUCGCUCUGUACCAUUACAAGUUGGAUUCCAAAUACUCAGGAAACUUGUUUACGAUGCAAAAAGAUUACUGCUCAAUAUCUGCAUCGGAGUUCAGAGUGCGAUUGUUCGGGCCAGCAAACUAGCUCUACUCAUCUCGGCUACAUUUCUGAAAGUACCUCUGUUUUGCUUCCAUCGUAUCAAGAAGAGUGGCGUGGAAUCAAGUCGUGGGAUGGAGCAGAAUUACAGCCGUUACGUACUGCUGCUUGAGGGCGAGUCGCAGCUGCCUCAAAAGACGCUGAGAAACAUAUGCAACGAGGUGGAUAAGCUGAUCCAGAUAGGUAAGAAGAAGCAACCGAACAACCUUAUCGACUUUCUAAAGGUAUCUGCAAACUUCAAUGGGGUCGGAAAAUUCGACCCCCGCGAAGUUUUAAGCUUACAUUUUGAUCAUGAAACUCCAAACUGCUGGUCUCUGCCAGUCAUGACAUUGACAGCCAUUGCAAUUUCGCUUAAUAUCGUUGAUGCUAAUAAGCGUGUUAAUCGUUUUUUGAGUGCUGUGGGAGAAGGCCUCUACUUUGCAAAGCUUAUAGAGAGAACCCUCGACAAAAACGGUGAUUUGACAAGCAUCCUUCAUGCAGCAGACGUGGUCUGGGUAGGAGUUGAAUUUUCUAGGAAAUGGCUGGAUAAUGAUCUACAGGAUGCAAGCGUCGGAGGUGGAUCACCCAACGAGACACUGCAAAAGCUUUCGCGCAUUGCUGACGAUAUUUUCACAACUGAGAUGAAUGAUCCACUGAUGCAAAACCCUCUCUACUGGCCACUUAAAGUCAUAGCUGCUCGCUCGAUGUAUCGGGUAACUCAAACUAUCCUGCUAUCCCACACAAACAACGAUAGCCAAACGGACGAGGAGCUGUUCGAGAGAUUGUCGGUAAUGAUCUCGGACAUAUUGGCAGCUUGUCUCACCAAUUUAGUGCCUGACGUAAUCUUGAAAUCUCACAGCAAUGUCAUCGAAGAAAGGGAGGAAAGCGUUCGCGGAACAGCUGUUCUUCUAGGCCAGAGUGAAGGGAUUCUUAAAAUUCCACCACCGCGUGAUCUUCCGAGCUUGGAUCCAAUAAAAGCAGCUUAUAUAAAAGAAUGUAGGGCGACUAUGGCAUUAAAUCGACCGGGCAUCGAUGUCUUCAUCGAGUAGCAACAGUACAAGAAGUCGAUAGAGAUCCUGACGAGUGGAGCCCGGAUUCAUUUUUUGUUGUUCGUAAGCUCGUGAGCU